GUUUGGUUGGGUUGUUGCCGGUUCUUUCAGGAAAGAGGGGGCGGUGGGUGGGUUAUUUUUGUUCGUCUCCUCGUUUUUCCAAACAGAUCGUUGACGAAGAAAAGGAGGCUUGGUGAAUCCCUCCGGUUUCGAGUUUUUUUUAAAAAAAAAACCUUUCUGUCAGCUGAGAAACGCUGAAAACAUUGACUCAAAGAAAUGGAUGAUGAACCUGAAAGAACCAAACGGUGGGAAGGGGGUUACGAAAGAACAUGGGAAAUUCUUAAAGAAGAUGAAUCUGGAUCACUAAAAGCUAGUAUAGAAGAUAUUCUCUACAAGGCCAAGAGAAAAAGAACUUUUGAACAUCAUGGACAAGUUCGACUUGGGAUGAUGCGCCACCUGUAUGUAGUAGUAGAUGGAUCAAGAACAAUGGAAGAUCAAGAUUUAAAACCUAAUAGAUUAACAUGUACCUUAAAGCUACUGGAAUAUUUUGUUGAAGAAUAUUUUGAUCAAAAUCCUAUAAGCCAGAUUGGCAUUGUUGUAACUAAGAGUAAAAGAGCUGAAAAACUGACUGAACUUUCAGGGAAUCCAAGGAAACACAUAACAGCUCUGAAAAAAGCAGUAGAUAUGACCUGCCUAGGAGAACCUUCUCUAUAUAAUGCCUUAAAUUUAGCCACCCAAACAUUAAAGCACAUGCCAGGACAUACAAGCCGAGAAGUUUUAGUAAUACUGAGCAGCCUUACAACAUGUGAUCCCUCAAAUAUAUAUGAUCUAAUAAAGUUCUUAAAAUCGGUUAAGAUCAGAGUGUCUGUUAUUGGUCUUUCUGCUGAAGUACGAGUAUGCACUGUACUUGCCAGAGAAACUGGUGGAACUUACCAUGUUAUUUUAGAUGAAAGCCAUUAUAAGGAACUCCUGAUGCAUCAUGUCAGUCCACCACCAGCCAGUUCUAGUUCUGAAAGUUCUCUUAUUCGAAUGGGCUUUCCUCAGCACACAAUUGCACUGAUGGCUGACCAGGAUGCAAAACCAUCUUUUAGCAUGGCGCAUCUGGAAAACAGCAAUGAUCCAGGCCUUACAUUAGGAGGAUAUUUCUGUCCCCAGUGUAGAGCCAAAUAUUGUGAGCUCCCUGUGGAAUGCAAAGUGUGUGGGCUUACACUGGUGUCUGCACCACAUCUGGCUCGAUCAUAUCAUCACCUGUUUCCUUUGGAUGCCUUUGAGGAAGUCCCACUGGAGCAGUAUAUGGGGGAAAGGUAUUGUCAGGGAUGUCAAGGAGAAAUCAGAGAUCAUCAUGUCUAUAUUUGUAAAGUCUGUCAUAGUGCAUUUUGUGUUGAAUGUGAUCUUUUUGCUCAUGAUAGCUUGCACUGUUGUCCAGGUUGCAUUCACAGCCAUCCUGGUCCUCCCUGCAUGUGAUGCCUUUGAUUAAAUAUUACUUCUUUUACAUUCCUCUGAGCAGAGAAUCCUCACCAGUUAUUAAACAUCUUCAAUAAAUUAAGUUAAAGAGAAAGAUAAGAAGAUGAGUCAGCUGGAGGCAUCUCUAAAUAUGAAUUUGUGCACCCAUUCUAUGAUGUAUUUAAUGGAGACAUAAUUUUGUAUGUUACAUGUAUUUGUUUUUGCUACUGUUCUUUUGGAAUAAUAUGGAGUAAUGUGCCAAAUAUAUCUUGAAAGUAUUAAACUGGACAUGUGCACUUAAAAUAUUAAUCUUAUUUAUGUAUUGUUUUUCUUAAAUAUAAUUUCUGAAAUUAUAAAGGCUAUAAUCUGACACUUAAUUGGAAAUAGCUUCAUGGCAUUUAUUUUUAUGUACCUAUAUAUAACGUCUGGAUUUAUAAAACAUGAAGUUUCUUUUCUGUGAUAGCCCCCUGUGUAUCUUAGCUUCCUUUGUCCAUUCCAUUAAGGGUAGGGAAAAGUUGAGAUUGAUUCCAGAUAAUGAGUGUGCUUCCUUGUCAAUAAUUUUAAAGUACUAUGUAUUUUGCUGUGGCAUUGUUUACAAUUUAAAGAUGAAAAUUUACAAACAUCCGACUAUCUUCCAAAGGCAGUAGAGAAAGCUGCCCUCUAGAAGCAUAAGAUCUAUUUAAAAUGAUUUUUCUAUGCAGAACCUUUUAUUAGAGAUGUGAGUGUAAUUAGUGAAACUGGAAAUAUAAUUUUAGAAAUUCCUCUUAAAUCUGUUAACAAGUUCUGCUAAUAUCUAGAGUAAAGGUUGACUUUCCAGUGACAUCCAAAGCAGCUCAUGAUAAUACUAAAAUGAUGACAUAUGUGAUUAUGUAAUUAUUAUGUAUAAUGUGAACUCAAAGUGAAUGUACUUAAUAAUCCUGCCUCUUAUUUUCCCCACAGCAGCACUGUUGGGCUGAGAAAAAGUGACUGGCCCUAAGGCAGGUCUAAAACUCAUAGUCUCCUAGUUUCUAAGGCAGCACCUAAAUCACUACACCAAACCUGGCUCUCAUGAAAAUUAUGUAUUUAUAUAUUUAUAUCAAACAUCUGGCUUAUGUACCUAAACUGGGGCAGUUGCAUUAUUACAUUUCUGGAAAUGUAUAUUAAUUUUUUCCU